AUGCUUAGAGAUUACAUACUAGAAUUGCAGACUUCAAACCUUGGAACUACAGUUAAGUUACAAGUUGAACCACCAAUUAAUCACAAUGAGCCAACCAGGGUGUUUAGAAGAAUUUAUGUAUGCCUAGGUGCAUUGAAAAGGGGAUUCAAAAGUGCUGGUAAAGAGUUGAUUGGGCUUGAUGGGGCUUUUAUGUCUGGUCCAUUCCCAGGACAAGUGUUGACUGCAGUUAGUGUUGAUUCCAACAAUGGAAUAUAUCCUAUUGCUUAUGCAAUUGUGGAAGCUGAAACUCUGGACUCUUGGACUUGGUUCCUGGCUAACUUGGGUGAUGAUUUAGAACUUGAUAGCAGGUCUAAUUAUACUUUUAUAAGUGACAGGCAGAAGGGAAUUAUUCCUGCUCUUGCAAAAAUGUUUCCUUCAGCUAAACAUAGGUACUGCCUCAAACAUAUUCAUGAGAAUAUGAAACAACAAUGGAGAGGCCAAGCUUUCAAGAACCAUCUAUGGAGGUAUGCUACAGCUACAACUGUUCAGGAGUUCCAGAGGUAUAUGGAAGAGUUCAAAAGGUAUAGUGAGCCUGCAUACAACUGGCUAGUCAAGAUUCCACCUCAACAUUGGGCCAGAUCACAUUUUCAGCUAAGGUCAAUAAUAUUUGAUCAAACAGGAAGGGCCAAGUCUGAUGUCUUGCUUAACAAUAUGUGUGAGGUCUUGAAUAGCAAAACAAUUAAGGGUAGGGAUAAGCCUAUAAUUUAUUGCCUGGAAUACAUUAGGGAAUACUUGAUGAUUAGGAUAGGGAAUGUGCAAAAGAUGAUUGAUAAAUGUAAGGAACCACUUACACCAAUUGCACAUAAACUGUUGGAAGUUGUGAAACAAGAGGCCAAUCCAUACAAGGCUAUAUUUAAUGGAGAAGUGUAUCAAGUUAGUGGGCCUUGGGGGGAUCAAACAGUGGUAAAUGUUGAGAAAGGGACAUGCACUUGUAGGAGAUGGGAAAUAACUGGACUGCCAUGUAAACAUGCAGUUUGUGUGAAUUGGAAUAUGGCACUAAAUAAAAGACCAGUUGGUGCAAUUGAGACAUGGGUUGAUCCUAUUUAUAGGCUUGACACUUGGAAAUUGAUGUACAAGUUUAAGAUCAAUCCCACCAAUGGUGUCAACAUGUGGAACAAAUCCCAGAUUCCAACAAUGAUCAUCCCACCCAAGUAUCAAACACCUGUGGGGAGGCCCAGAAAGAAAAGAAGAAAGACUGAAGAAGAGCUUCAAAUGGUCAAAAAUGGAAACUUGUCUAGGAAACACAAGUCAGUUGUUUGUACGACUUGUGGAAAAUCUGGUCAUAACAAGAGGUCAUGCAAAGAUGGGCAAGCUUCUGGCAGUCAAAAUGUUCCAACCCAAUCAAGUCAGGCUACUUCAAAUGUUCCAAGUCAAGGUGCCAGAAAAAAUGUAGGAGCUCAAGGGAGUCAAAAUGUCCCAAGUCAAAAGGUAGGAGCUCAAGUCAGUCAAAAUGUGAGUCAAAAAGUGGUACAUUUGUUGGUGGUUCAAGCAAAUCCAAAGUUGUUACCAGUCCAGGUGGUACAAUUAGGUGGGUUAAAACCAAGGGUGGACUCAAGUCAGUUUAAAUUUAGAUUAAUUUAA